AUGAAGGUCGAAGGAGCAAAAUGGAGGAGCACAUGGGGGGAAUUGUUACACCGUGAUGGUUCUAUAUACAGGGACAUGGACUGGUGGAAAAGGGAUUAUCAUAUUGCGGACUGUAAUGAGACUCGGUUGGAGGCAAUGAUGCAUUCAAAUCCCACAAAUUGUAUCAUUCGUGAUGGAAUUUGCAUGACACAUUCUCCUGGUAGCAUGCUGCAACUUUUAUCAUUAAAGUUGGCUAAACUUCCAGUGGAUGGUGGCUUAGUAGAGUUGUACGGAUACAUAGCAGUGCGAGUUUAUCUGGAUCCAUUGCUUAAUUAUAUCGUCAAUUUUAGCAGGGAUGAUCCCAUCGUUGUGGAGCAGGGUUCGCUCAUCAACAUGGCAGGCCCUAAGCGAGGGAUAGACAUGAUGGACUAUGCUCUAAUUGAAUAUGACAUGAGGAUCAAGAUAGGCGAACAAGAAAAAUGUGACGUACAGCUGAUCGAUGGUGCAUCAUUGAUAGGCCCUGCAGGCCUAUGGAAUGACUCAUAUACAUUUCGCAUCCCUGGCGAUUACGGUGCAGUUGACAUAACUUUAUCACGUCUUCGUUGGGCAGCUGAGGCAACUGUGGAGGUUGUCAUAUCAGAAGUGCAAACCAGUUUCGAUUUGUUGCUCGGUUGUAUAACAAGUGGCUUGGAUAAGGAAAUCCGGCUAUUUGAUGGUACCAUCACUGAGCCACGUGGGUUAAAGAGGUCGGUGGUUGCUGUAAGGAUGAGAUCUUUGAUAGAGUUAAAUUUCAAAGUAGGCGCACUGUCAUCCAGUUUGGACCAUUGCUGUUCCUUCAAGCCAAAAUACCAUGGGCAUGAUACUCGAGAAUUAAAGACUGCUUUUGCGUUAAUCUCAGUGAAGGUGACUUGGUCGAAUUUGUUUUAAUGAGUGGGGGGCAGGAGUUAAUAAAAAUUGGGACAACUGCUUGUUUGACCCUCUUUUGAAGUCCAACUGUCAAUUUGUCCCUAUUUUUUCAGGAAAAAGAAAUGCCUUAAUGGGAUAUGGGCCUAAUAGGACGAGCAUCUCGUGUCGCUCCGCCGGCCGACGAGUCCACUCUCAUCCAUGGACAAUGGCGAGAGGGAAUGCAAAGUUGACAUGUGCAUUCUCCACCUCCAUGACUGUCGAGUUGAAUCGGUGGGCAUCAACUGUAUUAUUGCUGCCAAAACAGAGGAGAGAGAGGCAUUUGUGGAAAUCAUUUGCGUAGCGAGAAUCGAACUCCAUCAAGUUUAUGGCGUGUUGAACAAUCACCCUCCUGAUGCCGGGACAAUCAGCACUGGGUCUCAUAUGUGCAUUAAGGGCACUAACAAGCCUCUUUACAA